UCGCGGGAGCCCUUGGCGCUGAGUGACCUGAAAGCCGAGGUGUCCCCCCGUAUCUCAGCCGAGGACCUCAUUGACCUGUGUGAGUUGUCGGUGGGGGGUCAAACCAAGAGGAGCAAGGCCAGCAAGCCAAAGAUCCUUGCCGUCGACAUCCGCAGCAUCGAGGACUUCAGCCGAGGCCACAUCUCGGGAAGCAUCAGCAUCCCCUACAGUACGGCGUUCUCUCCAGAUGGGGAGCUGGUGCAGUGUCCCGCCACCGGCACCCUCCAGAGCUUCAGGGGACGUGUCAUCGUGGUCAUCAGCCACGCCAUGAAGAGCGCCGCCAUGUUUGCGACCCACCUGGUGAAGGUAAACUACCCUCGGGUGACCACCCUGGACGGAGGCAUCAACAAGAUGAAGCCCACAGGCCUCCUCACUGUCCCCUCCCCCCAGAUCUGAUCAGAGACCACACCCGCCAGCUGCCAAACAAACUCGGUCCCACCCACACAAACAAAAGUGAACCGCUCAUUCAUCGUCUACCAACGGGCAUUCUUUUUAUUUUAUUUUAAUAAACUUCUCGUAACAAAAUUUUGAAAAUAUUUGCUUGUGUUUCUGUAUAUUGUUUUACAUUUAGAUUUCAUAAUUUGAUGUAACAGUCCCUCUCUUUUAUUCUUACGUUGUACUGUAUGUAUGUGCUCAGAUGUCACAGCAUUAAAAUGACUGAGAUCAGCUCCUCACUGUA